CGGGCGGCCGGGCAGGCAGGGCCCCAGGGUGGCGGAGGCGCGGACGCGGGCGCCGCGCACCCCCGCUUCUCAGUCGGCGGUACCCGGGCCCCCAGGAGUCCGGCGCGGGCCGGGUGGAGGGGGGCGCACCCGGCCCCGAGGCCGUCGACGCUCUCGCAGCCCCGUGUGCGCGGCCCCGCACGGGAAUGUGGACACCCGCCCCGCCAAGGCCGGUCCCGGGGAGAAGCGGGGGCCGCGGGAAAAGGGACGGGGGCGCGCUCGAGGUUUGCGCAGCCCUUGGCGUGCUGGUGCCCGCGGUCCGCGGCGCGGCCCAGCGCCCUCCAGCCUCCGGGGGGGCGCCGCGGGGGAGCCCCCGCGGGCUCCGGGCUGCAGGCGGUCGCGUUCCUGAAGACGGGAUGGCCGGUGGCUCCGGUUCCCCGAAGGGCCGCCCCCGCCCCCUUCCCUCGGAGCGGUGGUGGCGAGGGUCAGGUAGAGGCGUUCAGUGUUGCAUAGGUCCGUCCUGCUGGCUGUGCGUCUGCGUUCACUGCUCACCGCUCGGACGCAGCUUCCAAAGGUGGGAUUUCGCCAGCAGGGCUCAGAAGUGGACGAGGUAUAUGCCACAUAUAACUGUAAUACUAUUUUCAAAACUUUAAAAGUAUCAAAUGCCUAGGAAUAAAUCUCACAAAAUAUGCUCAAGAACUCUGUGUAGAAAACCAUAAGAUAUUAUUGUGUUAAAGAAGACCCAAAUAAAUGGAAAGAUAUAUCAUGUUCAUGGACUGAAAGAUUCAAUAUUGUAGUGAUGUCAGUAGUGCCCAAGCUAUCUACAGAUUCAUGGCAUUGCCAAUGAAAAGCAUGGGUUUUGUUUUUGAAACUGAUAAGCUGAUUCUGCAAUUUAUAAGAAUAUGCAAAGGGCCAAGACUUGACAAGAGUAACCAAGACUGACUUAAAGAAGGACAAGGAGUAAGGCCUUAUUCUCCUGGAUAUGAAGAUAUGUCAUAUAUUUAAUAUCACGUGUUACUGGCACAAGGAUAGACAGACGUUGGAUCAGAAUAGAGAGCCCUGAAAUAGACUGACCCUUAGACAAGCAAGUAUUGGCAAAGGUUGCAUCACUGGACAAUGCCAAGUGCUUUGUGGACAGUGUGGGUCUUGGGGUCUGUAAUCAGCCUCCCCAAGGAAGGAGCCUCUGAUCAGGCUUCUUCUCUGUCUUGUGACCCCACUGGCGUCUGCGAUGGCCGCUCCAGAUCUUUAAACUCCAUCCCCUCCGGGCUCACGGCAGCUGUGAAAAGCCUUGACCUGUCCAACAACGAGAUCACCUUUGUCGGCAACAGCGACCUGCGGAGCUGUGUGAACCUCAAGACUCUGAGGCUGAGGGCCAAUGAAAUUCACACAAUGGAGGAAGAUUCUUUUUCUUCUCUGAGGAGUCUUGAAUAUUUGGACUUAUCCUAUAAUCGCUUAUCUGACUUCUCCUCCUCCUGGUUCAGGUCCCUUUCUGCCUUGAAAUUCUUAAACUUACUGGGAAAUGUAUACAAAACACUCGGGGAAACAUCUCUUUUUUCUCAUCUCCCAAAUCUGCGAAUCCUGAAAGUGGGAAAUAGUGACGGCUUCACCGAGAUUCAGGAAAAGGAUUUCGCUGGGCUAACUUUUCUUGAAGAACUUGAGAUUAGUGCUCCAAAUCUGCAGAUAUAUGCUCCGAAGAGUUUAAAGUCCAUCCAGAACAUCAGCGACCUGAUUCUUCAUCUGAAGCAGCCUGUGUUACUGCUGGAGAUUCUUGCAGAUGUUUUAAGUUCCUUAGAAUAUUUAGAACUGAGAGACACUGAUUUGGACACUUUCCAUUUUUCAGAAGUAUCCAUCAAUGAAACGAAUACAUCGAUUAAAAAGGUUACAUUUAGAAAUGUGCGCAUCACCGAUGACAGUUUUAUUGAAGUUGUGAAACUGUUUAAUUAUGUCUGUGGAGUCUUAGAAGUAGAGUUUGAUGACUGUACCCAUGAUGGACUUGGUGAUUUUAGCACAUUUCCUUUGGAUAAAAUUAAAUACCUAGGUAACGUGGAGACAUUAACAAUCCGGAAGUUGCAUAUCCCACAGUUUUUCUUAUAUCAUGAUCUGAGUAGUAUAUAUUCACUCACAGGAAAAGUUAAAAGAGUCACAAUAGAAAACAGUAAGGUUUUUCUGGUUCCUUGUUUACUGUCACAACAUUUAAAAUCAUUAGAACAUUUGGAUCUCAGUGAAAACAUAAUGUCCGAAGAGACCUUGAAAAACUCAGCCUGUGAGCAUGCCUGGCCCUUCCUACAUACCUUAAUUUUAAGGCAGAAUCGUUUGAGAUCAUUAGAAAAAACUGGAGAAAUCUUGCUUACUCUGAAAAACCUGACGAACCUUGAUAUCAGUAGGAAUUCUUUUCAUUCAAUGCCUGAAACUUGUCAGUGGCCAGGGAGAAUGAAAUAUUUGAACUUAUCCAGCACAAGAAUACACAAUGUAACCCGUUGCAUUCCCCAGACACUGGAAGUUUUAGACAUUAGCAAUAACAAUCUUGAUGCAUUUUCUUUGGUUUUGCCACAACUCAAAGAACUUUAUAUUUCCAGAAAUAAGUUGAAGACUCUACCAGAGGCCUCCUGCUUACCCGUGUUAUUAGUCCUGAGAAUCAGCAGAAAUAUAAUAAAUACUUUCUCUAAGGAGCAACUUGAUUCUUUUCAAAAACUGAAGACGUUGGAAGCUGGUGGCAACAACUUCAUUUGCUCCUGUGACUUCCUGUCUUUCACGCAGGGGCAGCAGGCACUGGCCCAGCUCCUGACCGACUGGCCAGAAGACUACCUGUGUGACUCUCCCUCCCACGUGCGGGGCCAGCGGGUGCAGGACACCCGGCUCUCACUUUCUGAAUGCCACCGGGCCGCCGUGGUGUCUGCCGUGUGCUGUGCCCUUCUCCUGUUGCUCCUGCUCACGGGGGUCCUGUGCCACCGUUUCCACGGACUGUGGUACCUGAGGAUGCUGUGGGCCUGGCUGCAGGCCAAGAGGAAGCCCAGGAAGGCUCCCCGCAGGGACGUCUGCUAUGACGCCUUUGUGUCCUACAGUGAACGGGAUUCCUACUGGGUGGAGGACCUCAUGGUCCAGGAGCUGGAGCACUUCGACCCGCCCUUUAAGUUGUGCCUUCAUAAGCGGGACUUCAUUCCCGGCAAGUGGAUCAUUGACAACAUCAUUGACUCCAUCGAAAAGAGCCACAAAACCAUCUUUGUGCUUUCUGAGAACUUUGUGAAGAGCGAGUGGUGCAAGUACGAGUUGGACUUCUCCCAUUUUCGUCUCUUUGAUGAGAACAAUGACGCUGUCAUUCUCAUUCUGCUGGAGCCCAUUGAGAGGAAGGCCAUCCCCCAGCGCUUCUGUAAGCUGCGGAAGAUCAUGAAUACCAAGACCUACCUGGAGUGGCCCGUGGAUGAGACGAAGCAGGAAGGGUUCUGGUUAAAUUUGAGAGCUGCGAUAAAGUCCUAGCAUCCUUCGUUAACGGUCAGUCUUGGUCUGGUAGGGAUCUUUCUAUCAGUAGUUGUAACGAAGUCCAUUCUGACCCAAUUAUAUGUAAACUACAUGAAUGAGGACUUGCUUACUAAAAUGACUAAAACAGUUCAGAUUUUAUCUAGAGUGUUAUUAAAAAUUACUACCAGAUUGGAAAAA